AGGUGCAUCUGCCUCGGAUUUUCAAUUUUUAAUUCUAUAUGUUCUGUAUUUAACUAUGCGUUUGUAAGAAAUUUAUUCGCUUCUUUGUUGAACAAACUAUUCAAAACUGACAAACUCAUAUAUCAGAGAAUAUAAUUUCUCUAUAUUUUAUUGAAAUUAUAUAUACCUACUGUUCAGUUCAAGCGAAGCAUUCAAUAAUUGAAAAAGCUCGGACAUCUCUCACUUCUCGUUAUUCAUCGAGCUUCGGCUCCAAUCUGGCCGAUAACGAAGGAUGGUAAGCUCCCGUUCGCCUGGUGUAAAUGUUUCAUCAACUAAUAGCGUGGCUACAUCACGUGUCGUCGUGUCUGACAGUGACGUAGCUCGUGAUAGUGACGCCAUCUUACCGAGCACCCGCCAAUCAUAUCGUGUGGAGAACGAGGGUGAUCAUGUAAACGGAGCUCUUGGUGCUGUUGAAUGGAGCCAAAGUGGUCCGCCUUCGCUUUCUAUGUCGGUGGACUUGCAUAAUCUGGUCAAUCCGAAUCUUCAAGACUCUGGGCAUUAUUCCGCUAGUCCCGAACACGUUGAUACCAUCGCGUCAUCUUGUAACAUUAAAUCUACGAAUAAUCACGAAGAAGAAGAAAGCUACGAAGCAUUUGGAUCUGUCGAAGGUGACGCUGAUGACGGGGUGGAAUCGCUGGGUGGUAGUUCUGCACCUUCACCCACAAGUACUAGUUCUUUCAAAAAUCCAAGAAGCCCCAAUUCAACUAUAGGAAGACAUUCUUGUCUACGGACAUCACUUAGACGAACACCGCCUUGUUCCGGAAGGAAGAGACUUAGUUCCAAUGCAUUAGCAAGUCAACUUUAUCGAAGUGGGAGCUUCAAUAGUUCUGGUAUAAGCUCCAACUGUGAUCCCGCGGACGAUAUGUACAGCGAUGUCUCUCUCGAGGAUGAUGUCAUUGAUCUCAAUCAUAAAGUUCAAAUGAUUCAAGAACAAAUGCAUGCUUUUCAAUCGGUCGGAGAAGAACGAUAUGUUAGAGCAAAACAAGAAAAUGCUACGUUACAGGCGAGAAUAUUAAUGUUAGAAGAAGCUGCCAAAGAUGCUGAAACUAGAGCCGAAGAAAGACUUCAAGCGGAACAACGAAGACAUAGAGAUUGGGCAAGUCGUUUAGAACGCGAACGUCAAUUGCAAUUAGAAAAUUAUGCUAUCAAAUUGCAAGCAAUAGAAUUAGAAGAAACUAGUUUAAGAGAUGAAAUAGCAAGGUUACGCGAGCAACUCGAAAAAGUUAAAAUAGAGAAAAAUCGAUUAGAAAACGAUCUCGAAGAAGCUAGAAGAGAAAUAGAUAGCGCUCGUGAAAGUGAACGGCAAGCAAUAAGUCGAGCAAACGAAGCUCAUUAUCAACUUAAAGCUGUUAAAGAAGAAUUGACUAUGAAAAUUGAAGAUCAACAAAAAAUAGAAGAAUUAAUGCAACAAGUAGCACAACUUCAAGCUUGUAAUAAAAGUUUAGAAGAAUCACGAGAUGAAUUGCAAGCUGCAGCGGCUCUGCAGGCAGGCCGUGAACUUUUAAUGUUAAAUCCUUGUAAUAAUUCUGCUGAAAAAGGACCUAGUCUCGCUGUAGAAUUACUAGCUGGCAUGAAUCAAGAUCAGAUAGACGGUCAACUUUCUGGAGAUAAUGGUGAACCUUGUAAUAUAUCUGAAAUAAAACAAGCUUUAAAGGAACAACAAGAAGUCAAUACACAAUUAAGAGCAUACAUUGAUGGAAUUCUAUUAAACAUAGUUGAAAAUUAUCCCCAGUUGUUAGAAGUGAAACAAACUCAUUGAACUAUUAUAUGAAUAGUUAUUAAAUUUAAUGUUAAUUGUUCCAGGCAAUUGUACAUUACUUUGUUGAAAUUUUUAAUUAUUUAUAAAUUUAUAUAAAUAAUUUUGUCUAAUUAGCUUUACACAAGUACCAUAUAGGAAAGUAAUUUCCGUCCAUGUGAACUUAAAAUUUUAUUAUAUUAUGAUAGAUAAUAUGUAAAAAUUUUCACUGCCAAAAUUAUUACUUCGGUUAUACUUAAUACUAAUAAUAAUUUUUGGUAUAUUUUUAAUAUUAAAGGCAGUGAAUUGAUAAAAAAAUUAAAAUAAAUUCUAUAUCGUUCGAAUUUUAAAAUUCGAGGCCUUAAAAUGUUGCCUUUAUAAUAACGAUAAAAAAUUAUUCUUAAUAAUAGAAAAAUGAGAAAUCGUAAAUAUGUAAUGAUGUAUUAUUUAUUACACAUAAAAUUACUAACAUUUCUUCUUGUAAGAAAAUAAAUUAAUGAAAAAUAGUUAAAAAUUUUUAGUAAAUAUCAAAAUGUAUAAUUGCAUUUUGAUAUUA